UCUCGUCAAGCUUUCAGUUGAUGCCCUCUUUGGGAGAUCUGCCAGUGGCUGAGACACACAAAGAACGUGGACUGGGAAGCCACGAGGACGGGAGGCACGCGAGGAUAAAGACCCGCAGGACACCGAAGCGGCUAUUGUCGCGUGGCAAUGAAUGGCGGAUUCUUGGGGAUGCGGGAAUGAGCCGCCCGUGGCUGGACCAGGAAUCCUCGAAUUGUUCACCCACUCACAUUGUACCGCAGUAGAAGCCACCCCUCAUUAUUGCGCUACAUCUGACUGGCUUCCAGGCGAGCCUUGGUGGGCAGCCAAUAACUGUCGCUGGCGAGCGACAGAGCGCCCACUUGAUCGUGGUACUUUUCCUCGCGCAUUCAGCCAGCUCGUUCAGGGGCCAGAGAAGCGAUCCAUGCAUGACCCGCAUGCUGCGGCUAAUCGCUCGUUAGUUUCGGGACCCCAGUCCGGGGCUGGAUUUUGGAGGAGGGGUGAAGUGGGCCUUGAAUUCGCGAGCUUUGCUCUUCUCUGUUCCUGUUCCAGGGAGCUCUUUUUUUGCAUGAUGCCAGUUUCGCCAGCCUCGAUAUUACCUCGGUUGACAACCUUUCAGUGUCCUCGAAUGACAUCUCCUUACCCGGAUGAUGAUGAUGAUGCCAACGAGGUAAUUUAUGGCUGGUCUGUUGCUGAUAUGCAAUGCACGGCGGGAGAGACCCGGGGAAGGGGUCUUGUCGGCUUGAUACAACUGUCAGCAUCGCCCGAGCCCUUGAAUGCUGACAGAAGUAGUUACGUAUUCUUCCGGACAUGGCUGGUCCCCCCUUCGGCAAGCUCGACAUACCUUACCGACAAGAUGGUUCUCGGAAUCUGGGCUGUUCCCACCUCUAUCGCCAGAAGCUCUCGCAGUUCGCUUCGAUUUCUCCAUCGAAAGGACAACAUCGAGUUGGUUCAUGGUUUGGAAACCUCAAAGGGUGUCAGACGCUGGGAAACGGCCCGAAGGAUUUACCCCUUUCCCUCCAACGGCUUCUCACUCCCUGCGCACUUGAACCAUGCCAAGCUCCAAGUAAGCCCGGCCUUGCAGACGUCAACUUUCGCUAACAAGGCUUUGCUUCACACCAUCACGCUAGCUCGGCACAACAAUCCUGCGUCUCACACCGGCCAGGCGUAUCUCCGGUACCACAUCGGCGACUCUCGGCUGUGGCGCUCGUACAAAGGCCCGCUCGUUCCUGAACUUCAUGACGGUCGCUUGCGCUCCUCUUCAUUCUCUGCAAAGUAACCCCGACAGCCCAACUAUGCGCACCUGGAGCUACGCUACUGCACGUUCGUCCGAGCCUAACUGAUCCAAGCGUCCACCGUCAAGUCCCAGCCCGACGGGAAAUACUACGCUACCCCACUGCUCGGUGUUCUAACCAAGCCGGGCAGAGUGAAGCGAUCUUGGC